AUGGAGCCCAGUGCCUGCAGGAUGCCUCCACUCGUCUCCUGCAUCCACUCCCUGCAGCUUUGGCAUCUCCUCCUCCUGGUCUCAGCCGUCCCUCCUCCUGGCGUCUGGUCUCUUCGCUCUCGGGGCCCGGCGGCUACUCGGCCUCUUUGCACCCGUCGGAGCCCCUCGGCCCCACGGCCCAUUUGCAUCUGGGACAGGACCUCACUGCCGGAGAGGGAUUCUCGCUUCACCCUGCCGCGCCAGCGGGCCCUGCCCCCCCGGGGAGGAGAGCUGCGGCACGUUGUGCGGCUGAGGCGCCAGGCGGCGGGGGCUCGCCCUGCCACCCCCUCUGGAUUUGAGGACGGCAUGCCCUCCUCCCAGUACCCCUGGGCCAUCGUGUGGGGCCCCACAGUGUCGGAUGAGGACGGAGGGGACACCAACUCAGCCAACCCGGGCUUCCCACCACUGGGAUACACCUUUGUCUCGCCACAUGGGAUGGCAACAGCACAGCCCAACUCCCACUCGCUCCUGCACAACGCGGGGCUCAACCUGCGCGAGACCCCGGCCACCCUGCGGCCCUUCUUGUUUGGGCCCCGAGGGGAAGGUGUGGACCCCCAGCUGUAUGUCACCAUCACCAUCUCCAUCAUCAUUGUCCUGGUCGCCACUGGGAUCAUAUUCAAGUUCUGCUGGGACCGUAAUCAGAAACGCCGGCGUCACUCGGGGCAGCAGAGCGGUGGGAGGCAGCAGGAGAGCCAGCAGCCCCUCACAGACCUCUCCCCCACCACCGUCAGCAUCCUCGGGCCCUACAGCGACUCCCUGGCCCCCACACCUGAAGCGGAGGAGUCCAGGCAGGGCCAGGAGGGUGUGGAGAAGCUGGGGGGCCACGGGAAGAGCACGGCUGUCCAGCUCAACCGAAUCCCACUGGUGAACCUGUGA